GAAAAGGCGCUCUUACCGACACAAAACAAAAGCAGCCUGGUCCAGCAUUGACCUUACUGAAUCUUCAGCUUCACUUUAAAAUAUGGGCAAAAAGCACAAGAAACACAAAUCAGAGAAACACACACACGACGAGUUCACAGGGCGACCACUGAAACUGGUGUUAAAAGUGGCUGGGAAUGAGGUCACCACUGGCAGCCCUAGCCUUGAGAGCAUUCAUGAUGACCAGGUAGAUUAUGACAAACACAAAGACAAGAAAAAGAAGAAAAAAAAGAAGGAUGGGAAGGAUAGAGCCAGUCCCCCAGUCUCACCAGUUGAGGAGAAGAAAAAGAAAAAGAUGACCAAAAAAAAAAAGGGCUCAGACCCUGUGGAGCCGGACUGGGAUGAGCAGAGCAGAACUCCUGCUCGCUCUGAUGUUUCCCAGGAAAAGCCCCUCACCCCCUCACUUGCCAGAAUGGAAGAAAAAGAGCAGACUCCUCUACAGGAAGCCCUAAGUCAGCUGAUCCGACAGCUCCAGAGGAAGGACCCCAAUGCCGCCUUCUGCUUUCCAGUGACGGACCUGAUUGCCCCGGGAUACUCUCAUAUUAUAAAGAGACCAAUGGACUUCAGCACUAUGAAGGAGAAAGUGAAAAAAGAGCAAUACCAGUCACUUGAGGAGCUCAAGAUGGAUUUCAGAAUAAUGUGCCAGAAUGCAAUGAUCUAUAACAAACCUGAAACCAUUUACUGCAAAGCAGCCAGGAAACUCCUUCACUCUGGCAUGAAGAUUUUGAGCACAGAGAGACUAGACAGUUUAAAGCAGAGCAUAGAGUUUAUGACUUACAUCCAGACGUCCAACAGUCAGUCAGGAGAGGAGGAGGGUGGGGCGUCUGACCCUGCCAAAUACAACUCAUCUGUCAUGGACACAAGUGACAACUCACAAUCACCCCGUGUAGCCAACAAAGACACUCCAAGAAGGGACAGUAAGGACGAGGCUCAGAAGAGUGUUAACCAAGCAGAGAAAGACCUGGAAGAGAUCAAGAAGAUUGUUGAGGAGUCUGGAGGGAAACUCUCAAACAGAAGCUUUCAGUGUGAGCUGGAGUUUGAUAGAAGGAAACCUGAUGGUUCAACCACUCUGGGCAUCCUCAACUCUGCUGACCUAAGCGUGGGAGAUCCAGGGUAUUGCCCAGUCAGAUUGGGCAUGAUGGGAGGUAGACUUCAGACUGGAAUCAACACCCUUCAAGGCUUCAAAGAAGACAAGAGAAACGUGGUCACCCCAGUUACCUAUAUGAAUUAUGGCCCAUUUAGCUCAUAUGCACCGACAUAUGACUCCAGUUUUGCCAAUAUCAGCAAAGAGGAUUCUGAUCUUAUUUACUCUUCCUAUGGAGAGGACAACAGUCAACCAGGCUCAGAAAGCAUUGCAGAUUACCUAGCUAAACCAGAGGAGCACAUGAGCAGGUUGGCAGAUAAUAUCUUGGAUGCUUUGACCAGUGGGGAGCACUCCAAACAAUUGAAGGAAACUGAUAAUCUGCAAGCGGAGGAGCCUGCAGAGAAAGUAGACACAACUGAUGAUGCUGAGGUUGCGGGGUCAGAGCCCAGCAGCGGGAAUAGCAUGACGGCUCUUAGUUCUGUGUUUGGUUUCGGUCUCGACCCGCUUCCAGAGAACUUCAAUUCAGAAGAAGCAGAGCAUUUCCAACAGAAGCUGGAUGAGACGACCGUGCUGCUGAGGGAGCUGCAGAAGGCUCAGAAAGAGAGACUAAGUGCUAAACAGCCACCAAACAUCAUAUGCUUACUGGCUCCUACUGCUGAAGAACUACAGCUUGCGGAGAAAGUUUCGGCUAACCUGGCCCAGUUGACCAGUCAGGUGACUCCAGGCGACGUAUGCAGUGUGUAUGGUAUCAGGAAGGCAAUGGGUAUCUCACUACCUAAUGACACUGCAGAGGACAUGUUUAUCCACCUUACCACAGUGGGAGAUAUACCUGAACCCAUGGAGGGAGUGUGUUGAGAUCCCCCAUCAUUGCAGACUAUCUGUUCUGCUUAUUCCAAAUCGCCCUACAAUUGUGCCAUUUCUGUUUAACAUUUGUUUGCUUUUCUUUUAAUAAACAUCCUUUUUUUUAAAUAAUGUGUAUUUCCAUUUUAUUUUUACACAAGUAACAAAAAUUGAACAUAGUCCAAUCAAAACAGCAAUAUGUAGCUCCUAUGUCUAGAGUUUCUAUCAUUACAACUGUGCCAUUUUUGUUUUUAAACUGCAGGUGUUCUAUAUACUGAGUAAUAUCUGGUGACCCACUGCUGAGUUUUAAAGAUAAUUUGGUAGGAACUGAGAUAAUUAUUGCACAGCAUGUUUCUGCUGGGUCCUCCCUAAAUCAAUUUGUGAGGCAAAUAUAUGCUACAAAAGAAAGGAUGCAUCACUGUGAGAAGCUUGAACCUUGUUGUGCUGGCAAAUGAGGCACUCAGAAAACCUUCACAGGCAUAAAAUCUUGAAGAAUUUUAUGAGCUAUAAAAUUAUAAUGUACACUCACUGAGCACUUAACUAGGAACACCUGUACAUCCACAUAUUCAUGUGAUUAUCUAAUCAGUCAGUCAUGUGGCAACAGCGUAAUGCAUAAAACCAUGCAGAUACAGGUCAGGAGCUUCAGUUAAUGUUCAUAUCAACCAUUAGAAUGGGGAAAAAUAUGAUCUCAGUGAUUUCGACCAUGGCAUGAUUGUUGGUGCCAGACGGGCUGGUUUGAGUAUUUCUGUAACUGCUGAUCUCCUGGGAUUUUCACGCACAACAGUCUCUAUAGUUUACUUAGAAUGGUGCCAAAAACGUCCAGUAAGCGGCAGUUCUGCAGACAGAAUUGCCUUGUUGAUGAGAGAAGUUAAUGGAGAAUGGCCAGACUGGUUUGAACUGACAGAAAGGCUACAGUAACUCAGAUAACCACUCUGUACAAUUGUAGUGAGCAGAAUAGCAUCUCAGAAUCCACAACACAUCGAACCUUGAGGCGGAUGGGCUACAACAGCAGAAGACCAUGUUGUGCACAUUAUUAGGACAAUUGUGUUCCUAAUGAUGUGCUCAGUGAGUGUAUGAUAACCUUCAGGAGAAUUAACAUUUCAGAAGUGUCAGUAAAAAGCAUUUGUAAAUGUCCAAAUAAAAUAAAUUGUGAAAUGCUUUAGAUUUAAUAUGUGAGCAAGGCUCACAGUGGUGGUUGUGUGUUCUCAGCUAGAUUCUCAAAUCCUCUUGUGCUUUGGGAGAAUUAUGGGUAAACCUUAAAGGAAAUGAAACCAAGACCACUCAAUGUUAUUACAUACAUCGGCACAGACUAUUUUAUAUUAAGCCAAACAUAAGGCUUAUUAUGUUGUUUACAGAGAAAUCAUUGGUAAUUGUUAUCACCCUUCAUGAAACGCAAUGUAAGAUUUAUAUGAAAUCACUGACAAAUAUUUGCAAAUACAGCUUUAAAUUAAAAAGUAAUGCUUCAAGUCUCAGAUCAUCAGUAGACAACUCUUGUCCAGCACUGGGAAAUGUUUGUUCUUGUAUUUUUUGAAUGCUCUCAUGACUUAAAAUAAUAUUUUCUCAAUUUAAAUGGCCAAAGAACAAGCUUAGCUGGCAAGUGCCACACGAACAGUCUCACUCUGCAAAAUGCAUUUGAACCACACUCACCAAGGUAUGAAAAGACUUGUGACCAGAGUGUCUAUGUCUUGCCUGAUUCUUGGGUUUAUGUUAUAGGUAAGAAUUUCUCACAACAACCUUGGCCAUAGGAAGCAUGCUGAGCCUAUAAAAAGUAUUUGUAUGUUUUUAUAUUUUAUUGUUUUUAAAUAUUGAAUCAUAGUAAACUUAAUUAUGCUUUUUUGACACUGAUUAACAGAAAAAGACUUUCAUAUGAAAAAGUCAAAACACAUUUAUAACAAAUAUUAAACACAAAAUAAUUGAUUGCAUAAGUAUUCACCCCCUUUAAUGCAACUCACAUACAGUUGAAGUCAGAAGUUUACAUACACUUAGAUUGAAAUCAUUAAAACUCAUUUUUUAACCACUCCACAGAUUUAAUAUUUGCAAACUAUAGUUUUGGCAAGUCAUUUAGGACAUCUACUUUGUGCAUGACACAAGUCAUUUUUGCAACAAUUGUUCACAGACAGAUUAACUGGGCCUUUGAGCAGCUAUGUCAAGCCUUUAGACAAUUAGCUUCUGAUAGGAGGUGUACUGAAUUGGAGGUGUACCUGUGAGUGUAUUUUAAGGUCUACGUUCAAACUCAGUGCCUCUUUGCUUGACAUCAUAUGAAAAUCAAAAUAAAUCAGCCAAGACCUUAGAAAAAACAUUGUGGACCUCCACAAGUCUGGUUCAUUCUUCGGAGCAGUUUUCAAAUGCCUGAAGGUACCACAUUCAUCUGUAAAAAACAAUAGUACGCAAGUAUAAACACCAUGGGACCACGCAGCCAUCAUACUGCUCAGGAAGGAGACGCAUUCUGUCUCCUAGAGAUGAACGUCGUUUGCUGCAAAAAGUGCAAAUCAAUCCCAGAACAACAGCAAAGGACUUUGUGAAGAUGCUGGAGGAAACAGGUAGACAAGUAUCUGUGUCCACAGUAAAACAAGUCCUAUAUCACAUAACCUGAAAGGCUGCUCAGCAAGGAAGAAGCCACUGCUCCAAAACCGCCAUAAAAAAGCCAGACUACAGUUCGCAAGUGCACAUGGGGACAAAGAUCUUACUUUUUGGAGAAAUGUCCUCUGGUCUAAUGAAACAAAAAUGUAACUGUUUGACAAUAAUGUCCAUCGUUAUGUUUGGAAGAGAAAGGGUGAGGCUUGCAAGCCGAAGAACACCAUCCCAACCGUGAAGCAUGGGGGAAGCAGCAUCAUGUUGUGGGGGUGCUUUGCUGCAGGAGGGACCGGUGCACUUCACAAAAUAGAUGGCAUCAUGAGGAAGGAAAAUUAUGUGGAUAUAUUGAAGCAAAAUCUCAAGACAUCAGCCAGGAAGUCAAAGCUCGGUCGCAAAUGGGUCUGCCAAAUGGACAAUGACCCCAAGCAUACCUCCAAAGUUGUGGCAAAAUAGCUUAAGGACAACAAAGACAAGGUAUUGGAAUGGCCAUCACAAAGCCCUGACCACAGUGCAACAGAAAAUUUGUGGGCAGAACUGAAAAAGUGUGUGCAAGCAAGGAGGCCUACAAACCUGACUGUUACACCAGUUCUGUCUGAAGGAAUGGGCCAAAAUUCCAGCAACUUAUUGUGAGAAGCAUGUGGAAGGCUACCCAAAACGUUUGACCCAAGCUGUAAAUGAUCACUGUACAACCACCUGGUUUUGAAAUUCACUCAGUUAAUUAAAUGGAGAUCACUUAUGCGCAGUCAAGGUGUUUUAAGUGAUUUUAGUAUGAAUACACCUGGCUCUGGAAUGUCCACUUACUGGUGAGUCAGCAUCUUGGGAAAAACAACACCAUGAAGACAAAAGAACACUCCAAGCAUAUCCGUGAAAAGGUUAUUGAUAAACAUAUAUCAGGGGAUGGAUACAAGAACAUUUCCAAGUCCCUGAAUAUCCCUUGGAGUACUAUAAAGUCAAUAAUUAAGAAAUGGAAAAAGUAUGGCACAGCAGUAAAUCUGCCCAGAGAAGGCCGUCCUCAAAAACUGAGUGACUGCAAGAAGGGGACUAGUAAGGGAGGCCAACAAAAGACUUAUGACUCCUCUGAAGGACUUACAAGCUUCAGUGGCUGAGAUGGGAGAGACUGUGCAUACAACAACUGUUGCCCAGGUUCUUCAUCAGUCACAGCUUUAUGGGAGAUUGAAAAAAAAAAAAAAAACCCAUAUGAAAUCUCGGCUAGAGUUUCCAGAAGGGAUGUGGAAGACUCUGAAGUCAGUUGGAAGAAGAUUCUAUGGUCUAAUGAGACCAAAAUGAAGCUUUUUGCCCAUCAAACCAGAUGCUAUGUUUGGCGUGAACCAAACACAGCACAUAAUAAAAAAUACACCAUCCCCACUGUGAAGCAUGGUGUUGGUAGGUAGCAUCAUGCUGUGGGGAUGUUUCUCUGCAUCAGGCUCUGGAAGGCUUGUAACGGUAAAGGGUAAAAUGAAUGCUGCAAAAUACAGGGAAAUUCUGGAGGAAAACCUGAAGCAGUCUGCAAGAGAACUGAGAAUUGGGAGAAGAUUUGUUUUCCAGCAAGACAAUGAUCCCAUGCAUACAGCCAAAGCUGCACAAGAAUGGUUUAAAAAACAAAAAAACAAAACUGUUAAUGUAUUGGAGUGGCCGAGUCAGAGUCCAGACCUCAACCCAAUUGAAAAUCUAUGGAUGGACUUAAAAAAGGCUGUGCACUCAUGAUACCCACACAACCUGUUAGAGCUUGAGCAAUUUUGCAAAGAAGAAUGGGGAAAAAUUGCAGUGUCCACAUGUGCCAAGUUGAUAAAGAUCUAUCCACACAAUUGCUGCCAAAGGUGCAUCUACUAAAUACUAACUUGAAGGGCGUGAAUAGUUAUGCAACCAAGUAUUUUGUGUUUAAUAUUUGUUAUAAAUUUAGACUAAUUGGUAGAAAUGUGUUUUGAUUUUGAUAUGAAAGUCUUUUUUUCUGUUGAUCAGUGUCAAAAAAGCCUAAUUAAUUUCACUAUGAUUUAAUAUUUAAAAACCAUAAAAAUAUAAAAACAUCCAAGGGGGGGUGAAGGGGUCUUUAUUCUGUUACAUUGCAUACAAAAUAGAGGUGAUGGCAGGCAUGUUCCUGACAAACAUUGCAGACAGGUACAGAAAGGCACCACAGAAUCUCCAUGACAUAAAUUCAGUCAGACUGUAAUGUUCACCAAGAGGGCUCAAAACAAAGAGGCACAGGAUAAUCAUAAAAAUCUCAUUUGAACAUUUAUGCCUAUGGCUUCAUCAAACACAAAUACUUCCCACUUCCACUAAGCAGUCUCAAUGAACAGAAGGAGACAGUUGAGCAAAUCAAUUAGCAACACUGUGACAUAAAACGCAUGGCACGAUGCAGCCGAAGUGCAGCAAACAGCAAAUGUACAACUUUAGAAGGAAGUGCCCAAAAAGCCUUUUGGUCAAUAUUCAAGAUUAAAGAUUAAGGAGAUGAUUUAUUUCAGUUAAAUGGAAAAGCAAUGCAAGUACACAUUUUGCCAUAAUUGAAUAUGCUUCAGUGAUGUAAAUUUUUUCUAGUUUAUGUAGAUAAACAUUCCUUAAUAGUUUCAUCUGUAACAUAUUUGAAGCUAGGGAAGGCCUCCAACAUCCACAUUCACUAAACUCAAAGGCCACAGCAAUUCAAUGUGAGAGAGACCAGCAUGGGAAUAUUUGGCUUAAAACACACCAUGAUUUAAAAGGAUUCAAGAAAUCUGCUCAUCUGUGAUGGUGGGUUUAUGUGGGUCAUGUGUUGGUCCCUCCACCUGUGAGUCUCAUAUGAGUGUGUGUGUGUGUGUGUGUGUGUGUGUGUGUGUGUGUGUGUGACAGACCAGCUCAG